ACUGCAUCUACGGCGGAAGGUAUCGCAUGCGGCACUCAUCUGUCGUCAUCGUAACCUCGUCUCCACGUUUUAUACAGCUUCAUAUCUGAAAACACCACAAUGGACUCGCAUCUCAUUCCCCGCGGAUCAGAUCGCAAUUACACCGGAUUCCUGACCAAGACGAUUGUCUACUCGGGGACGCUGCUUGUGUUCUUGGCUGCAUUCGGAUUAACUAUUUCUUCAAUCAUCGUCCCGAAAUGGGUUAGUUAUUCUAACCACAAGCACUCCUACUCCUACGGCCUGCACCACCGCUGCUCCUCCCUAACCGACACCUGCGAAAGCUUUCCUCAAGGCGAAGACUGCCACGGCGAAGACCGCUACUUCUGCUCCAUGUGGCGCUCGGUCGGGUUCCUGAUGUCCUUUGCCGUGGUGCUCGAGGGCAUGAGCGUGGUUUCGUAUCUGAUUAUAAUAUCCGGUGGGAAGAGACUACGGGAGUCGGGGUGGAAGGUGCUUAGUUUGUUGAUUGUGUUGGGGGCGGUUGUGCAGGCUGCUAGUGUUAGUAUUGUGGUGAGUCCUCUUUUACUUGGUUGAUUGGAUUGGAUUGGUGAGCCGUGGUUAAUGGUGGACAGGCAUAUCUGUACGACAACGAGGAUCGGUUCUUUGCUGGGUGGAAGUUAGGGGAGAGUUGGGUUUAUUGCACGGUGAGCUGGGGGUUGAGUUUGGUUUGUGCGG